AUGGAAGCCAAUCGCAGCGGCUCGACCGGAGGCACGCAGCCAUCUGGGCACGUUUACGAAGUUGCCGUACAGAGCAACUCGACCAACCGCAGCUCCCAGUUUGCCGACGUGGCCUUGCUGCAGACCUUCAAGCCUCUCAUCAUCCCCUGUUACGUGCUGGUGGUGGUGGUGGGCGUCUUCGGGAACUACCUGCUCCUCUACGUCAUCUGCCGAACCCGCAAGAUGCACAACGUCACCAACUUUUUCAUCGGGAACCUGGCCUUCUCCGACAUGCUCAUGUGCGUGACCUGCGUGCCCUUCACGCUGGCCUACGCCUUCAACCCGCACGGCUGGGUGUUCGGCCGCUCCAUGUGCUACCUGGUGUUCCUGAUCCAACCCGUCACCGUCUAUGUCUCCGUCUUCACGCUCACUGCCAUCGCUGUGGACAGAUACUACGCGACGGUUCAUCCCCUGAAGAAGCGGACCUCCGUGGCGACCUGCGCCUCCGUCCUCACCGGGAUCUGGCUGCUGUCUUGCGGUUUGGUCGCUCCGGCGGUGACCCACACCUACCACGUCGAGUUCAAAGAGGAAGGCUUCACCAUCUGCGAGGAGUUCUGGUUGGGUCAAGAGAAAGAAAGACGCGCUUAUGCGUACAGCACCCUGCUGGUCACGUAUGUCCUCCCGCUGUCGGCUGUUUUCGUCUCUUAUCUCUGCAUCACCGUCAAACUGAGGAAGUGCGUCGCUCCGGGGCACAAGACGCCGAACCAGACGGGCGCUCAGCAGGCCCGAAAGAGGAAGAUCUUUCGUCUGGUUGCGCUUCUGGUGUCUGCGUUCGCGCUGUGCUGGCUUCCCAUCCACGUGUUCAACGUGCUGAGAGACAUCGACAUCCACCUCAUAAACAAGCGCUACUUUUUGCUCAUCCAGCUGCUGUGCCACCUGUGCGCCAUGAGCUCGUCUUGUUGCAACCCCUUCCUGUACGCGUGGCUGCACGACCGCUUCCGCGCCGAGCUGCGCAAGAUGUUCAAGUGCCGCCAUCGCAUCGGAGUGCCGACCAAUCACUGCGCUGCGAGUGUGGUUCUGUAGCUACCUGGCGAAGAACCAUCCGUCUGAGUGUACAUUGAGGGCUCAUCCUGAGUUCAAGUGUCGGUGUGGCG